UUUACGCCACACAAGUGCACAGAGCACAAAACUGCAAAGACAUAAUGAAGAGAAAACUAUGUUUUAUUGUUUUCUGAACUGUGGAUGACUGUACUGUUUGGAUAAAGAGAACUGUGAAUUGCUCUUGUCUGAAAAGAACACCAGCAUGUCUCCCACAGCUGUGCUCACGGUCGUCUGGAAGCGGAAGAGGAGAAGAAGGGCUCCUACUCCCCAGUCACUGCCAGUGUUAAUGGCCACAGAGGCCUUCCCCUAUCACUGCCUGUGUCCACAUCCACGGAGGUCGUUCCCCUAUCACUGCCCAUGCUCCCGACCAUGGAGGUCGUUACCCUAUCAUGCCCGUGUCCACAACCACAGAGGUCGUUACCCUAUCACUGCCAAUACUCACGACCACGGAGGUCGUUCCCCUAUCACUGCCCAUGCUCACGACCACGGAGGUCAUUCCCCUGUCACUGCCAGUACUCUCAGCCACAGAGGCCAUUUCCCAGUCACUGCCAGCGCUCCUGACCACGGUGACUCUGCCCUCAGAGCCUUUCAUGACUCCGCCCUCAUAGCCUUUUACGAUUCCCCCUUAGAGCCUUCCACAACUCUGCCCUCAGAGCCUUCCACGACUCUGCCCUCAGAACCUUCAACGAGUCCUUCCUCAGAGCUUUCCACGACUCCACCCGCUCCUCCAGAGACUCCUCCUCCAGCGGCUCUGCCCGCUGCUCCAAAGACUCCUCCUCCAGUGUUCACGUCUGCUCCCCCAGAGACUCCUCCUACAGCGGUCCCAUCCGCAACCCCAGAGACUCCUCCUACAGCAUUCCCGUCUGCUCCUCUUGUGAUUCCUCCUCUAGUGGUCACGUCCGCUCCUCCUAUGAUUCCUCUUCCAGCGGCUCCGCCCGCUCCUUUUGAGACUCAUCCUCCAGCGGCUCUGCCCGCUUCUCCUGAGACUCAUCCAGGGACUCAAUUCCCUGCUCCUCCUGCGGCUCUGCCCAUUCCACCUUUGGCUCAACUCCGUGAACCAACUGUGGCUCCACCCCCUGACCCAGUCCUAGGGCCAAGCACACAAACAACAUGUAAGGAAGUAUCACUGGACAUCUCUAAUUAUGACUUUAAUAAAAGCACCAUAAAAACAUAG